AAGGCUUAACCAAAAUCAAUCACUCUGAACUGAUCAUUGACUUUCUAGCUAGUUAACUGGUUCUGGUCAUUUCCAAAAAGAGUAGAAAGAAAGAUCUCUAUCUUCAUUUGCUUUAAUUUGCUGCGUGCAACAUCUUGGAUUUGCAUCAAGACUUAAGCAAAAUCCAAAAGGAGUAGAAAGAAAACCUCCAUCUUGAUUUGGCGCCAGCUUCCUGCAGCAUCGAUCUUGGAGGUACAUCAAUUUUGAUGAUGGAGCAGAAUUUCAAGCCAUUCUUAUAUCUACAAGUCAUCCAUGAAAGUAUGGAGUUGUUUUGCAAGCAAUCCGAAGAGAGUUCGAUAGUUUUUGAUUUAGGACGUUAUAAAAAUGAAAAAAUCAAUGAAGUUGUGGAGUGGACACAAGAAGUGGAAAAGUUCAUAGAUCAGACCAAACGGGAAAUGUCAGACGAAAGUCUUGUGACGGAUUUCUUUUGGUGCAAUAACAUGAUAUCAAGAAUAAGGAAGCUGCGUGCCAAACGUGGCCCAAAGUUUACUUUCCAAAGAGUAAGCAAUGUGUGUUCUUUACGUGAAGAACUCUACUGUAAACUAAGGUUGCUGAUUAGCUUGAGGUGUGCUGAGAAUUUGACUAUUCGGUUUAACUUACCUAAUGAUAUUGAAGAUGAGAAGUGGGUUCUUCGCGAGAGCUUCUUCAUAAGAGAUAUGGAAAAGCAGAUAGAAGAAAAAAAUCCUGAACAGGAUUCUGAUUGGUACAUCAACCAAAUAGCAAAAGCAAGGAUAUAUAUUGGCCAAUAUGAUCAAGCAUUUUUCCUCCAAUCUCGAAAAAAUAUGCCCACAAUAGCACUACUUUCAUUACAUGAAGAACUCUACUAUGAAGUAAGGUCGCUGAUUAGCGUGAAAAUGACUGACUUGAUGACAGUGUAUGCUAUAUUAAAUGAUCAUCACGAUCUAAAUCAAUUCAAGAAAGUACUUCUUCAUAUCUGCAAGUUGUCCGUGAAUUAGCGGAGCUGACUCUCAAGGAACUUGAAGACAAAGAAAUUUGUUCAAUUUGGCAAUUUUGGCUACUAUUAAAUGGAUACGAUGAAAUUUUGCAGUGGGGACAAGAAAUGAAUGAAUUCAUGGAUAAGGCUAAACUGGAACUGUGUGAUAUAAGUGUUAGGAAUUUGUUUUGGUGUAAGGUUAUGAUAUCAAGAAUGAGAAAGCUACGUGCCAAACAAGGCCCCAAUUUUACUUUUCAAAUAGUAAGCUCAUCCGAAGAAGGGGCACCACAUUCUUCACGUGAAAAACUCUUCUGUGAAGUAAUGUCGCUGAGCCACAUACGUUUAGCUCUGUCUUUUGCUAUUUCAGCAUCAAAGGACGAUGAUGAUGAUGAUGAUGAUAAAUUCAAUGAAUGUCUUCUGGAGUGGAAAGAUGAAGUGGAUGAUUACUUUUAUGGGUUGAAGCAGCAUUUUGAAUUGGAAUUUGAUGAUCCUAAGACUAAUUCUGGUUGGUACAGUGAGAAGAUAGCAGAAGCAAGGAUGAUAAUAUCCAAAUGUGAACCAACAUUUUCUGUCCAAUCUCAAGAUGUCGAAUCUGCUUAUUCAAUCAAUAUUUCGUUACAUGAAGAACUCCUCUAUGAAAUAAAGUUGCUGAUUAGAUUGAAAUUAGUUGACAUGCUGACUGCUAACGAUGUCAUGGAAGUUGAUGUUGAAGAUCUAGAAAUUCUUUUAAAAAAAGAACUUCAGAAGUGGAUAAAUGAAGUGAAUAAUUUCUUAAAAGAGAUCAACCUGCAAUUAAGGGAAAAGAAUCUUGAGAAGAGUUCUGAUUGGUACCAUAACAAGAUAGCAGGAUCAAGGAUGUUAAUUGCCAAACGUUAUUCAGCAUUUUCCUUCCCAUCUCAAGUUGUGGGAUCUACAAAGAAACAAUACCAGAUUUUCCUCAGCUUUAGAGGAAAAGAUACUCGAUUCAGCUUUGCACGUAAUCUCUAUGGUGCUUUGAAGCAACAAGGAUUCAAUGUCUUUAUGGAUGAUCUAGGGUUGGAGAGAGGGGACUCAAUUUCACAAGUUCUAAUGGGGGCGAUUGACAACUCAAAACUUUCAAUUAUUAUUUUAUCUAAACACUUUGCAGACUCUUCCUGGUGUUUGGAUGAAGUUGUUAAGAUUCUUGAGUGCAAACGAAAGAAAAAUCAACUAGUUUGGCCUUUCUUUUACAAGGUGGAGCCCUCCGACGUGAGCAAUCAAAAUAAAACUUAUGGAGAGGCUAUGGACAAACAUAAAACAAGGUAUAGAGAUGAUGUGAUCAUGAAUUGGAGGUCAGCUUUGCACGAGGUCUGUUGUGAUGGCUUCAAUGCUUUCUCAUACAAGAAAAAUAGUGGCAGGUACGAAUGUGAUUUCAUUCAAAGUAUAGUAAGUGCUGCCACCCAAAUUAGAGAUGGUUCGUAAGCAUGGAAAUGGUGACUAGAAGAAAGACUGCAUCUUCAGAGUGUUUGCUCACAAUAGUUGGUGGCGGAUUGAAGUUGUUUUGUAUUGGUAGGUGUUUUUUUUCCUUGUGGUGUUUUAAAUUUUGUCAAUCUUAUGUGAGACAAAUUUUCUCAAAUAUUUGUAUGAAUAAACUUUUUCCGUAAAAAAAAGACUGCAUCUUCUCUUGUGCCAUUUAAUCUUAUCUGAGAAUAAAUUUUGCUUUUUGACA